CAGACUCCUCAUAGUCAGUGAGCCUAAGAGAACCUCCAGACCAGAACUGUGAGUUAUCACCAACCUUCCAUGGAAACCGUAACUCUUCUCAAUUCCAGGUCACAGUGGUGAUUGUUUUCAGGAAGAAAGCUUGUUUAGAAUAAAGCUUACAAGACUUGUAGAUAAAGGCUAAAAGGCAGGGAGGAAGGAAGAAAAGUAUAUAGAAGGAGACACCACAGUGUAGCUUCACCUCUUAUGAAGUUUCCCCUUUGUGUGGUACUCUCAUAUGAUGGCUGGGAACUUGAACCUUGGUCCUCAGUUUUACAGGAAAAAAGCCUGGAAAAAUCAGACUUGCUGGAAUUCCCAGUUCUCAAGGGGCGUGCUUAACAACAUUUGACUUGCCACAAGACACCAGCUGUGACUAGCAAGAAGGAAACUAUUUGAGUCUCUCAUACUUCCCUGGUUCCAGCCAGCAAUGAUGAAGACUUCUACCUGUAUAUACCACUUCAUUGUUAUGAGCUGGUAUAUUUUCCUUAAUUAUUAUGUUGUACAAGUAAAGAAUGACCCAAAGACAUGUAUGCUCUUCAAAAACGGUGGACAAUGGAAGUAUUUGACCUUCCUUAAUCUGCUCUUACAGGCCAUUUUCUUUGGAGUAGUCUGCCUGGACGAUGUGCUGAAGAGAAUUAAAGGGAAAAAAGACAUAAAAUUCAUAACUGCCUUUAGAGAUCUGCUUUUCUCUUCACUGGUGUUUCCAGUAUCCACAUUUGUAUUUCUUGCAUUUUGGAGCCUCUUUCUGUAUGAUCGAGAUUUCAUUUACCCUAAGAUCUUAGAUACUUUCAUUCCGAUAUGGUUUAAUCAUGCAAUGCAUACUUUCAUACUUUCCUUCUCACUGAUUGAAAUUGCCAUUAAGCCACAUCACUAUCCAUCAAAGAAGAUAGGAUUCAUAGUGACUUUCAUUAGUAGCUUCUUUUACACCACAAGGGUACUGUGGAUCUACUUUGAAUCAGGCACGUGGGUGUAUCCUCUAUUUGCCAAACUCAGCCCAGUGAAUCAAGCACUCUUCUUCUUUGUCAGCUACAUCUUUGUCUUCAGCUUCUAUCUACUUGGAGAAAAGCUCAACCACUGGAAAUGGGGUGACGUAAUGCAAGCAAAGAAGGGGGAGUAACUACAUACUGUUUUCCAAGAACCUGAAGAAAGCAUAUCUGGUCUUUUUACUUAUUCUUUUCUCUUGUAGGGAAAGGUAGUGGGGCAGUAUAGGAAAUUUAAAUUAUAUUAAAUAUUUAGAUUUAAUUUGAAUGUAGCUUAAUUUAGAUGUUCUUAGCUGCUUGAAAGGUUUAAUAACUAGCCAUGCCAAAAUCAACUAAUGUCUCAGAUAUGUUACAUAUGUUUAGCCUCUGCUCAGAAUCAUAAUCUGUGGUCAAAUUCUUGCCAAAGAAACGAAUAUAAACUGUGUUAGAAAAUACUUAGAAAGAAAGAACUUAAGAUAAUCUACUUUAAAGAUGAAGAUGUUGAGGUCUUAUAUGAGAAGUUAUCUGCUGCUGGUAUUCUUCCUGUUGGUUUGGCCCCUUCCCCCACCUCUGAGAGAAAUGGUUUGGUCCUUGCUAGUUUCGCCCCCUCUUCCUCCCUGCCCCUUAUGCUAAGGACGUCCAGAGGCCCAGCAGCAGCAGCAGAAGGAAAAACAUGGGGAAGCACAUGGUGUGGUGAUUUGCCCGUUCAUGAAUAAAGAUUAAACUGCAGCUUCUCAGCCCA